UUACUACCUGCUAUUUCUUUUGUGAGUUCUAUGUCCCUGCUCUCUUUUGGAUUUGUAGGAGUGGUAACUUCGACAGGUGUGGAAAUACCAUGUUUAAAUGAUGCUGAAAAGGUUGAUCCAACAUCAUGCUCACGUAAUGCUCGACGUAAUGUCGCUACUGUCUUCAGGCAGUUGGUUAUUGACGAUUUCAGUGCUGAUUUUAUCAAGGGAGAUCGAUUCACAGCUCACAUCCUUCAUUUAUUAGAAAGCACAAGGAAAGAGCAGCAGUAUGAGCUGUUCAAAGCAUGCGAAGUUGUAUCCUUUCCUAGAAAUGAUCUCCUCGGUAGAGGCAAGGACAAAGAGUUUGUUAUGCAGUGGCUAUGGGACCCAUCAAAUGAGCAUCUGGGAACCGAAGCUUUUGCACAGAUUAUCCAACUUGAGAAAUGGCUCAAGGAUCAACUGGAAGUACACCUUACGCUUGAGAAAGCAUUGGGCUAUAGAAAAGAAGUAAUUGAUUCUUCCAAUGUCACCUUCAUGCCCAAGCCAGCCAAGGAGUUGAUAAGAGAGAUUGCAGUGUUAGAAUUAGAAGUCAUGCACUUGGAGCAGCAUCUUCUAUCACUCUAUCGAAAAGAUUUCGAGCAGCAACUCCCAACUUCAUCUUCUCGUGCUGCCAAAGCUAAACAGCCAAUUAGCUUCCAAAGAAAGCUAUUUCAUGAGCUUCCAGGGCCUGAAAUCUCGUCACUUAGUGGUCAUCCAUUAGUUCACUCUACUAGAAUUCUACCAUCUCAAAUCACAGCCUGCAAAUUAACAGAUGAAUCCUACUGUCAAAACAUUUCCGACCGCAAUGUUCAUCGCUGCCAUUCAGCACUCAAUCAGCGCGCAGUUUAUUCAUCUCGAAUUUCUCCUUCAGAAGCAGCCCUGGCUAGAGCUCUUCAAGACUGUCAUUCUUAGCCAUUGUCAUUCCUCACAGAUUGGCAUGAUUCGAACUCCGGGUUGAUAAGCCUAGCAGAAUAUCUUGGUAUCGGUGUAGCUGAAUAUGCUCCUGAGACAGCCAACAAAAUUUCUGAAGAUAUGGUUAGGUGUAUGGGUGCUAUAUACAUCAAAGUUUCAGAUCCUCCUCUACUGAAUCCUGGCCCAUCAUCAUCUCCUACUUCUUCAUUUUCUUCUCUGAGUGCUAUUUCUCCUCAUUGUACUGGAGAUAUCUGGAGUCGUGCGUGCAGAAAUGAACACAAGGUCUUCAAUUGGGGGAAUCCACUUCAUGUCAAAAUUUUAAAGUCCGCAUUCAAAGUAUUCGACCCUGGAAUCUGGUUGGGAUAAUCACCUCUACCUUCCGCCUAAAUCACGAGACUCGAACGGAGUCGAGCUCUUUUUACGCAAGGGGAGAAUGAUGCGGUGCAUUUUAAGCUAGGAUAGUCCUUAGGAGUACUUUAUCCAUUUUGUUCUAGAAUGCUCCUUUUGCUUUAUAAAUAGCAAGUUUUGUAAUAGGGAAGUCAUUGAAUGAUAUAAAACUCUUUUGAAGCCUU